AUGUUAGGACCCACCAAAUGGAGACUCCUAACGAUCGUAGCCGGUAUACUGCUGGCACACGCGAUCGAGUCACCGACGAGCAAGAGCAACAAGCUGAACGCACAGGUGCGCUCCUUCACCAACCCUGAGCUGGGGCUACGCAUCGAGCAGCUUAGUCCGUGGAGUACAGCGGGCCGGAAUCUACCACCGGCUCGAAACCUGCUCGUGCCACAUCAGCUGUUCUCGCGAGUCGACACCAUCCGGUACAUUGACAGCCGGACGCCGAAUAGUCGCCAUCUGCAGAGCACGUUCGGGGCGUUCCGUGUUGCGGAUGAUUUGCAGCCCCUGGCUGGAUCCUCGGAUCCGGGUGUGCAACGGCGUCGCUCGAAAGCGUUCCAGAUGCGCCGCUCGGAUGAAGGUGUUCCAGUGGAGCAAUCUCCAGCGGCUACAUCCGUGCUGCCAUCACCGGAGCAAGAUCAGCAGGUGUAUCAGAACGUGAGCACGCGUGAACAGCGUCAGCACCGGUAUAAGCUCAUCCCGAUCAGCUACUUCUAUCGGGAGCAGGAAUCACCGGCCAUCCCAGCGAUGCUGAAGCCUGUCGGUCCGAGUCGUCCACCCAAGGAACCGGACACUGACGAACCGGAACUGGAAUCAUCUGCCGUGGAUGCGCCAGAGUACGCACGAUCAGACACGCCCGUCAUUGGAGCACGUCGAUCGGGCAUUCAGUUCCCAGGACCUCUGAAAGCGGCCACAGGAUUCACGCCGCAAGGCUACAGCGAGGAGAGUCUCUCGCUCGGUGACAAUCUCGGUUUGUUCCAGCAGCCCGUCAGCACGGCCGAUGAGUAUGGGUCUGUGGAUGGCUCGGAACAAGCCGCUGGCCACGACGAGCAAGGAUUUUCCCGUAGCCUGUACGCUAACCGAUACUUCCGGGACUUUGGAAGGCCACCUGUGGAACCAGCGCUACCCCGACCCGGUCGAUUGAUCGAAUUUCCGGGUGGCGUAAAUGUAAAGCAACCCUUCCGCGAUGACGUGACGAAGUUUGGGGACGUUUCUGGACCAGUGACGGCCAUUCAGCGGCCCUUUGGCGAGUAUGCGGAUGCGGCGACGAAGAAUUUCCGCACGUUCGACCCAACGUACUACACCGACAGCCCGUACCAGCAGGCUGCCAAUCGGCCACCCUAUUUUCCGGCCAAACUGUACACCGAACCAAACCAGAAGGUCUACCAACCGCUGUGGAAAACUCGAUCGCCACGUGUCGUUUUCCCGCAGGGUGAUCUAUCCGGCCCGUCUGGAUUUGGUGUGGACAACGUCGUCUUCCGGGAUCAGAACUUUGGCUUGAACGAGCUGGCCGCCAUUCAGGACGUGCGGAACGAGUUUAACCAGGACGAUAUCAACGAUGAGCCGGCAACGACCAGCAAAGAUCGUGUCGGUGGUGACGGUGGUGGCAAGCGUGGUGUGCGGAGCGAACUCCAGUGCCAGCACGAGGGCGGCACGUGCGAGUUUUUCCUGCUCUGCUGGAUGUCGGGCGGGCUGCUGCAGGGCACGUGCGGUGGAAUGCUGAAGGGCUGCUGCCAUCGGACGGCUAAAUCGGCCAACAUCGGCAUCGACGCGAGCACGGCCGUUGACCUGACGAAUGUGCCCGCCCUCGAGUACGGUCCCGUUCAGAAUGACCCCAGUUGCGGAAUAUCGUUGGCGAAGCAAACGGCCCAGCGGCGGAUCGUCGGUGGAGAUGACGCUGGCUUCGGUUCCUUCCCCUGGCAGGCGUACAUCCGGAUAGGUUCCUCUAGGUCUAUGCUUUCCAGAUGCGGGGGUUCGCUGAUUUCGCGGCGCCACGUGGUAACCGCCGGCCAUUGCGUUGCGCGGGCGACCCCACGGCAGGUGCACGUGACCCUCGGUGACUACGUGAUUAACUCGGCUGUUGAGCCACUGCCAGCCUACACCUUCGGCGUGCGGACGAUCAACGUGCAUCCGUACUUCAAGUUCACCCCACAGGCGGAUCGGUUCGAUGUGGCCGUGCUGACGCUCGAGCGGACGGUUCACUUUAUGCCACAUAUCGCCCCCAUCUGCCUGCCGGAGAAAAACGAGGACUUCCUCGGAAAGUUCGGCUGGGCGGCCGGUUGGGGCGCACUCAACCCUGGCUCGCGGCUAAGGCCCAAAACGCUGCAGGCAGUUGACGUCCCGGUGCUAGAUAAUCGGGUCUGCGAACGGUGGCACCGGUCGAACGGCAUUAACGUAGUCAUCUACCCGGAGAUGCUGUGCGCCGGUUACCGAGGCGGUGGCAAGGACUCCUGCCAGGGCGACUCGGGUGGUCCGCUGAUGCACGAGAAGAGCGGCCGAUGGUACCUGAUCGGCAUCGUGUCGGCGGGCUACUCCUGCGCCACCAGAGGCCAACCGGGCAUCUACCAUCGGGUCGCCAACACGGUCGAUUGGAUAUCGCACAUCACGCAAAUCUCCACGUAA